AUGUCAGUGUGCAUUCAGUGUGCCUUUAGGCAUGGCUUUCGCUCGACUAGGGCUGUUGCUCCCAGGUUAUCGGCCUCUUCGAUAGUUCCGGUUCGACGCUUCAUUUCUACCUCGAUAUCGCCUCAGAAAGAAAAGCCUUCAGAUGCUACAACCACAACUGAGAAGCCUAAGGUCGUCUCCAUCACUCCCGCCGGUACUAUCAUGAAAGGGAUCAACUUCAACAAAAAGCUUAAAGACCCUAUCGCCUUGCCAGAUGAAGAAUAUCCAGCCUGGCUAUGGACUAUCCUCGAAGACAGACGCCCAAUACUGUCCUCUGCCCCACAGCUCUCCUCGGAGGAUGCAGCAGAUCUAUAUUCCAAGUCUAAGGGUCGAAGAAAACUUGCCCAGAAGCGUAUAGCGGCGAAGCAGGCGGCAGCCUCUGGUGAAUUGGUAACCCCGGCCGACUAUAAAACAGAGGAUAUGCCAUGGCAGACAUUCGAGGAGAGUCAAGCAGCGAUCUACGAGGCAAAGAAGGCAUCGAGAGAGAGAAGACGAGCUGCAAUUAAGGAGAAGAACUUCUUGGGCAAGCUUGGCUAG